ACAUGCCAAAGUCCUCUGCUCUGGGCUUGAAAAAAGCAUCCCACUGCCUUCUUCUCCAACUCCAACUGUAACGCUCUUUUCAAUCACAUUCACUUCACUUGUUUCUCUCUUCUCUUUUUCUCUCCAUGAAAUACCCAAAACAAACUACAUAACGGAACCGCCACCCCAAAACCCACAAAAAACAUACAUACCCACUUCACCAAACACACCAUCAUGGUGGACGUGGACCGGAGGAUGACCGGUCUAAACCCGGGCCACAUAGCGGGCUUGCGUCGCCUAUCGGCCCGGGCCGCAUCCGUUCCAACCACUUCCGCACCGUCCUCACUCCCUGUAAGAAACGGCCUCCUUUCAUUUUCUUCGCUCGUCGAUAAAGUCAUAAACCAUCUCCGCAACUCGGGCAUUCAGGUCCAAUCGGGUCUCUCAGACGCUGAGUUCGCACGCGCCGAGGCCGAGUUCGGUUUCGCUUUCCCGCCGGACCUCCGUGCCGUACUCGCCGCCGGACUUCCCGUGGGCCCUGGCUUCCCCGAUUGGCGCUCCGCUGGUGCUCGCCUCCACCUUCGUGCCUCUCUCGACCUCCCUAUCGCGGCAAUUUCGUUCCAGAUCGCGAGGAACGCUCUCUGGUCCAAGUCUUGGGGCCCAAGGCCAACGGAACCGGAGAAGGCUCUCCGCGUGGCGAGGAACGCGCUGAAGAGGGCGCCGCUUCUGAUUCCGAUAUUUAACCAUUGCUACAUUCCCUGCAACCCUUCCCUCGCGGGGAACCCUAUCUUCUACGUGGACGAGAAUCGGAUCUUCUGCUGCGGCUUGGAUCUCUCGGAUUUCUUCGAGCGAGAGAGCUUGUUUCGGAGCUCCGAAUCGGAUCCUCAGGUGUUGAAGAAGCAGAGAUCCGUCAGCGAGAAAUCCGCAGGCUCUUCCACGGUUUUCUCGCGGCGGAGUCUGGACGCCGGCGGCAGGACGCCACGGUGGGUGGAGUUCUGGACGGAGGCUGCGACGGAUCGCCGGAGGAGGAACUCAUCGUCGUCAGCUUCGUCUUCGCCAGAGAGAUUCUUCGAGAUGCCUGGAAGGUCAAAAGUACCGGGUUGGGUGGACGAGUACAUAGGGCAAAUCGGGUCGGUUUUGAAAGCGGGUGGGUGGAGCGAAUCAGAUGUAUCAGAAAUGGUGCAGGUUUCGGCGUCGGGUUUCUUCGAAGGGGAGAUGGUGGUUUUGGAUAACCAAGCGCUAUUCGAUGCUCUGCUCUUGAAAGCGGAUCGGUUCUCGGACUCGCUCCGGAAAGCAGGAUGGAGCUCCGAAGAGGUUUCCGAAGCGUUGGGAUUUGAUUUCCGACCGGAGAAGGAGCGGAAACUGCCUAAGAAGCUUUCCCCGCAGCUCGUCGAGAGAAUCGGGAAACUUGCACAGUCAGUUUCCCACUCGUGAUACUCCAAACUCUGAUUAACAUUUUCUUUUUUUUUUCAAACAAAUUUUACUUUUUUUUUACCUUUAAAAAAAUGGGGGAAAUUACUAUUUUGACGAUUGGGGAACUGCGUUGUAGUAUGAAAGAAUGUGCACAGAAUAGAUGUUCUAAACAGGGAUCAAAAUUACAUGUUGAUGACCAGCCUAUGCUUUAGUAUACAUAAAUAAUAAAUAAUUAAAUAUGAUAAUUUCAUAAUGAAUAAUCCGCGGUUAAAAUAUUGCUGUGUAUAGUGAAGUGUCUC